UCCCCCACCCCACUAUAUCUUAGAAACGCUUCUUUUAUAAGCAUAGGCUAAGGUAGAACUUGUUUUAAAAUGACGGAGUGUCCUACUGUAACAACCGCAUAUGGAAAGGUACGGGGAAAAGUACUGAAAAGUCUUGGGGUCAGUGGUUCAAAGGAAGUUUAUAAAUUCGCAGGUGUUCCUUUUGCUAAACCACCUGUUGGGGCAUUGAGAUUUGAACCUCCACAAAAACCCGAUUCUUGGGAUGGUGUGAAAGAAACUACAAAAAGUGGUCCAAUACCAAUGCAAGAUGCAAGGGCGAAUGCAAAGCUUCUACCGUAUUUAAUGGCGCACGUGGAUGCGUUGGAAACUGGGUUUGAAAGGAGUGAAGAUUGUCUUUAUUUGGAUGUCUAUACUCCUUCGACAUCAGACUCUUCUUCUUUACCGGUGAUGGUUUGGAUAUAUGGCGGUGGGCUGCAGAACGGGUUUGGGAAUAUUUACCACGCGCAUUGCUUAUGUGCAUUAUACGAUGUCGUGGUUGUUGUUCCAACAUACCGUGUGAAUAUUUGUGGGUUUUUGACGCUGGGUGCUGAUACUAAAUGGCCGGGAAACAUCGGGAUGCUGGAUCAAGUAGCGGCACUUAAGUGGACACGCGACAACGUGAAAGGUUUCGGUGGCGACCCCUCGAACGUCACAAUAUUUGGAGAAAGUGCCGGGGCUUUUUCCGUCGGUCUACAUGUUGUAUCUCCAAUGUCAAAGGGUCUCUUUCAUCGCGCCAUCUCGCACAGUGGAACUGCUCACUUUCCAGUGCUGCUAUCACGUAGUUCAAAAGAUGCGCUUCAAUCGUUGUUGGAAUUCUUAAACAUAAAAGAAACUAAACCUGAGGUAAUCGUUGAGAAGCUGAAGCAAGUUCCGAUGCAACAACUGCUUGAAGCGCAGUGGAAAAUACAAACAGAGAAGGGACUCUUUCAUAUAUUUUACUCGUGUGUGGAUAAUAAGUUCAUUACGGAUGAUCCGCUGAACAUAUGGAAGGCUAAGGGCACCGCACCAGUUCCUUAUAUGGUAGGAUGCAACAAUUCUGAAGGUGAUGGGAUAUUAGUCGCGAUUGUAACUGAUAACGAUGCAACCGAAGAAAAAACGCUUCAAUUUAUUCAAGACAGUCUGCAAGCUAUGGAAACCCCGGCAAAUAAGAUGGAAGAAGCCGUGUCUAUAGUUUUACAAAAAUAUGCCACCGGUUUGGACAACGAUAAGGAAAAAUGGAUGAAAAUGUAUGGCGCACUCAUGAGGGACUUGUGGUUCAUUGUGCCUAGUAUAAUGCAAUGUAACGCACAUGCUGCGGCAGGGCGCAAAACAUUCCUUUAUUACAUGACACAACAACCACGGCAUAACCAUACCAACCAAUAUGGAGCAGAAAUUAAAAACAAGCCGGAUCAUUGUGAGUGUGACCAUGCUGAUGACAUCCUCUACACAUUUGGGUUGCCCCUCUUCUCUAAGGAUCAGUUCAAACCGGAAGUCGAGUUCAGUGAGGAAGAUAAGACGUUUUCCCUCCACUGGAUGGCGUAUAUAACAAACUUCGCGAAAUAUGGAGACCCAAAUAAAGGCCACGACGUUCCUGUCAAUUGGCCGACAUACGACGAGGCGAACGGGUAUUUUCUCGAAGCCUCUAACGAGAUCAGGGCGCGAAAAAACUUAAAACCAGACACGUUUGAGUUUUGGACCAAAAUCAUUCCCGCUUUUAUAAAGAAAUAAUGACAAAAAGUUUGUGUUUUAAAAAAACAUCUAAUAACAUACGUUUUUAAUUUUGUUUUUUUCAGAGUUAAAUACAAUUACCACAUUGUGUUAAUAGUUGCAAUCAUGUUAAUAAUACAUUGUUUAUUAUUAUUAAACAAACGUGUACGCAUAUCAUAUUAAAAUACUAUAAUUGACAGUA